CCUGAGCAAGUCCUGUCGAUACAAUUGUGUAUUACAAUGGCAUCAUCAGCAAGGUGUGUAGUUGUGUUGCUGGCUGUGCUUGUGUGCUACAGUAGUGCAAAUACUUGGGGAAUGUUACUACAGAAGCACCAGGCUCCAGUAAUUCAGCAGGUCCAGAAGGUGAGGCAGCAACCUCAGACCAGGCCAGUAACAUAUGACCAGCAGGCCAAGAAGCUGAAAAACCAGCCCCAGUGGCCACCUCAGCGGGUUACCCAGGGACCAGAUGCCACAACUCCUAUUGAGAAAUGCCAAGUGAAAGCGGAGGAGCGAAUUACUUGUGGUGUCCCAGAUCUUACUCUUGCUCAAUGUGAGGCAAUCAACUGCUGUUUUGAUGAGAGGCGGUGCUACUAUGGAAAAGCAGUGACUGUACAGUGUACCAGAGAUGGUCAGUUUGUUGUUGUGGUGGCCAGGGAUGCCACUCUGCCCAACCUGGACCUUGAUACCAUCAGUCUACUUGGACCACAAGAUGCCCUCUGUAAGCCUGUUGGCACCACUAAAGCCUUUGCCAUGUACCAGUUCCCUGUCACAGCCUGUGGCACCACUCUCAUGGAGGAGAGUGGCUAUAUGGUCUAUGAGAACAAUAUGAUGUCUUCCUAUGAAGUGGAGAUUGGACCUCGAGGCUCAAUCACUAGAGACAGCCACUUUGAGCUGCAGUUCCAGUGUAAGUACUCUGACACUGCGGUGGAGUUUUUGGUGGUUGAGGUGAAUGCUGUUCCUCCCCCUGCUCCAGUCGCUGCUACUGGACUUGUCCGAGUAGAGCUCCGACUGGCCAGCGGACAAUGUUACAACAAGGGAUGUGUGGAAGAAGUGGAAGCCUACAGGUCAUACUACAGUGAGGCAGACUACCCAGUCGCAAAGCUCCUGAAGGAUCCAGUGUAUGCAGAGGUUCACAUCCUGGGGAGGACAGACUCUAACCUGGUCCUGAAUCUGGACUACUGCUGGGCCACCUUGACCCCCAGUCCCCUCAGCUUGCCCAAGUGGGACCUCCUGGUUGAUGGGUGUCCGUACCAGGAUGACCGUUACCUGACCAAUGUGAUCCCUGUGGAUGGCUCCUCUGGCCUUGAGUUCCUGACCCACUACAAACGCUUUGCGUUCAAGAUGUUCACCUUUGUGGAUGCAGACACUUUGGCCCCUUUGAAGGACAGGGUCUUCAUCCACUGUAGUACAGAGGUGUGCCACCCUACUAGGACCCACUCCUGUCAACAGAGCUGCAACAGGCAAAGGAGAGAUGUGGCUGCAGUGAAUUCUGUGGCUGGAGAGACAGUGGUGUCCAGUGGGGAACUCAUUCUGACCUGACCGUAACUACCUUCCACCUGUCAGGCCUGAAGAAAUACUUCUGAUCUACUUCAGCUUGGGAUGAAGGUUUACUCUUUGACCUUGUAGCAUACACACAAUGAAUAUUGUGACUUGUAAUCCUUUGGCUUGUUUAAUAAAAUGCUUGACUUUGAAAUAUCUGA